GCGCGCCAGUGAUAUGCGUUGGCCCCGCACUUGAUUAUCAGUUGGCCCAGGCCCGAUCCCGAUCGAAAUAAAAAUCAUUUGCCCAUCCACUGUGUUAGCCAGUUUCAAAUCGACAGCAAGCCGAGCAGGUUGUCUUCGUGGAAAGUGAAAUAUAUUCGUAUAUAACGCGAUCGACAAUGCAGAACGACAAGUUUGCUCCACCGCCGUUGGACAGGCAGAACGACAAGUUUCCACAGCCAAUUGGUUUCAUCCCGGGACAACCUCAGCCAGGAUACCCACAGCCAGGAUACCCACAGCCAGGACAUCCCCCUCAGGGAUAUCCAGCUUAUACCACACCAGCUGACACAUAUGGACAUCCUCCUCCACCGCCACCGCCACAACCUCCAAGGGAUCCUCCCACUAGAGUGGAUCCACCACGGGAAGGAUGUUUUAAGCGCAACCGAAAGAACAAACCACAGUCCAAUGCCGUGAGCCCAGCCGGUCUCAUCUUCCUCUCAGGAGGCAUGAACAUUGCGUGGGCCAUUGGCUUCCGAGGACCCAUCUACUACUCAUCCACCACGCACAAUUACGUAGCCUGGUUCAUUGGCGCCUUUAUUGGAGCGCUGUUAAGUAUCCUGCUGGCCAACAGGUUGGCCAAAAAGUAUUCCCUGCUUAUCGCCUCGCUACUGGUCACCAUCGGUGGCUUUGUGAUUGCCUGUACCCACAAUAAUGGACCUGCAACUGUAGCCGCUUGCUACUUGGAUGGCAUAGCCAAUGGCCUGGUAUUUGCUCCAUUUGUGGCCUUGGCAGGAGAGGUGACUGUGCCCUAUAUGAGGGGCGGGGUCACUGCCUCUUUGGAACAGUUGUGCUUUGGUGUCGGCAUCUUGCUGCAAAUCGUCUAUAGCGUCUCCUGGACCUAUCCCUAUUAUCAGAGCUACAAUGAUUAUACUCCCGAGAAUAUGAAAGGAGUACUGAGUGCCCUCUUUGGAAUUUUAGCAACAAUUUACGGCUUCUUAUGUAUCAUCGAAUCACCAGUUCAAAUGCUGGUUAAUGACGAUGAGCAGGGAGCCCUCGAUGCACUUCGGCGAUUGCAAAAACCCUCUGUGCUGACUGAGGAAACCUAUGAUCUGCUGGCGCAGCACAAGCGUUAUGUUGCCCACAACAAGGACCUGUCAAGCGGAGAGAAGCUUAGCCAGACCUCCCUUACCUUCAUUCGACUCGCAUAUCUACGGGUACUCAACGCAAUGAGCUUGUCCAGCUUUGUGACCACCACAUUGUCCCUUUCGAUCUAUCUCUCCUACGGACUUAGCGCUGAACAGCUUUGGUUUAUUCUAUUUGCCCUCUGCCGAUGGGCCGGAACCAUUAUCCCGACCUUCUUCAUGGACUCCUUGGGCCGUAAGCUGCCCACUGUUUUUGGCCUGCUCUUGAGCUCUGCUUUUGCCUUUGCUGUGGGUGCCAAGUUCAGUUAUUACAACUACAUGAGCGGAGUGACCAUUUUGCUGUCGGUCUUCGAAUUCUUUGCGGGAAUGGCUUCCUCGGCCACCUCAUCGUACCUUUCGGAGGCAUAUCCAUUGGAAUUUAAGCAGCCUGCGAUCGCCCUCACCUUCAUCAUCGAAAUGUUUGUUUUCUUCAUCAUUCGAUUCUGCAACUAUAAUUUCAUGCAGGGAGACAACUACUUCUAUGUCAUGGGAGCCAUGUACCUGGUAGGAUUCAUUCUGGGAGUCAUUUCGCUGCCCGAAACCAAAAGAAUGACCUUGCGCGGUGCCCAGGUGCAGUUCAGCAGUUUCAUUAACAAAAAGUUCAAUUAAUCGGAGGAUUUUCUUUGUUCUAAAUAAACUGUAUUUGAAUAUAAGAGUUCGAAAAGCUCUCCAUUUCAUCACAAA